AUGGACCGCCUGUCCCAUCUCGUUUCGGACUUCUCUCGGGGGACUCUUCUCGCAGCGCUCUCACUAUCGUUAUGCCUGCUUUAUCUAUCAAUUAAAAUCAUCGGCCGUUUAUUCUUCAGUCCACUUCGACAUGUCCCAGGGCCAUCCUCUACCAAGCUCACUAGAGUAGCAGUUUGGCUGAGCACCAUACAAGGUCGUCGCGUUUACAAGCUGGAGGAGCUACACAAAAAGUACGGUCCUGUUGUGCGAAUUGGUCCGAAUGAGGUAUCAAUUAGUGACUGGCGACACCUGCGCACGAUCUAUCUCAAUACCAAGGGAAUGAUAAAAGACCCAUACUUCUAUGAACCUGCUACCUUUGUGGGCAAAGACAAUAUCUUCCAGAUGGUAAAUGUCCAACAACAUGCUGCACGACGAAAGAUGAGCAGUCCUCCAUACUCACUGCAAUCCGUCGCACUACUGGGUCCCCUGAUCAAAGGCAAUGCCCAACGUCUUGCGCAACGGCUCAAAAGCGGCAUUACAUCUCCCGUCGACGCCUACACACUAUGCGGUCUCUUCAGCUUCGAGGUCAUCUGCCAAGCUGGCUUUGCAAAAGACUUCUCCAACGACACCAGUGGCGCAGCUGCUCAUAAACUCCUUCAAGCAAUGGACGGAAGCGCACUCACCCUGCUCUUUGACGGUGCUCUUCCUUUUGUAGCCAGAUUUGACAUCGGUACGAAGUUACCAGGCGUCAUUGGUGAUUCAUAUCGUAAACGAGAUUACUGGCGGGAGAAGUCUUAUGAGAUGGUCGAUCAUUUUCUUGAGAAGAGUGCGGAUGAUGAGAAGUAUUUGCUUACGCCGUUGGCUACCGGUGUUGAUGGAUACCUGGGGCGCAAACUCACUCAUGAGGAGCUUGUUGAGGAAGCUAUGGGGUAUAUGUUUGCUGGCUCAGGCACGACAUCAUCGACAUUGACAUAUCUGCUCUAUGAGCUGUCAAAACCGGAGAACGCCGCUAUCCAGGAGCGAUUGCGCGCCGAAGUACUCGCCAUACCUGACGAUGAUAUCGUGGCCAUCAGAAACAACGCGUACAUCAACGCAGUCAUCAAAGAGGCAUUCCGCGCUCAUCCAACAAUCAUCUCGACUAUCCCCCGCCUACUCACCGAGCCCUUGACACUCGGUCAGUACGUUCUGCCAUCUGGCACAGUCAUCGGAAUGCAGAAUUGGCUUCACCACCACGAUGCCUCUGUCUUCCCAGAGCCAGAGAAAUUCAUCCCCGAACGAUGGCUUAACGAGACUUCCGAGAUGAAAUCCGCUCUUACACCGUUUAGUAUUGGCAAGAGAAAUUGUAUCGGUCAGAAUCUGGCGUGGCAGGAGCUUUAUUGGGCUGUAAGCGAGGUCAUGCGCUCCGGUUCAAGAUUUAGAGUUGCGGAGGAAAUGAAGGAUUGGGAGAUGGAGAUGGAGGAUCGGUUCAAUACCGCUCCGCGGGGGAGAAGGCUCAUGCUUACUGUUUCGCCAGUCGAUUAG